GCUAGGGCCCUGUGUACGACUUGUGCUGUACAAAUAAACCUGCUUUGCCUUGAGUUUGACACCCCUGUUGCAGCCCAUCAUGCUUUUCGCUGUCACUAGACCUCACGCGAGAACGCAACUUUGAGCGUGAUCUCAGAUUCCUCUCCGCCUCUUCCUCACCUCGGACCCGGACAGACCGUACUAGAGUAACGGGCCCCGGUGCACCGACAGCGUACGUGAUGCAGGAGCCGAACCGAGAGUGUGCGAGCGCGGGGCUGCGCGCUCUGAUCACGGAGCGUCAUGCCGCUUUUGCGCAAGAGAUCUGGGCGCUGUUUGAGCAAACUGUGGCGCAACUGGAGCAACAAGUUCGCGAUUUAAGAGCGGAAAACAGAAGACAGCGGCGCCUCCUAGAACAGAGCCAAAAGAGACGAGCCCCGAUCAAGACAAAAGCAAAGUGCAAAUACAAGCCAGAAUCCGAUGUGGAAAUUCUGACAGAAAACUCCUCCGAUUCUGAAGAUGCUUGGAAACCAAAAUGCAGUGCAAAUGUGCCCCAAACCGACCAAUUAGAGCAGGAGGCGCUGACAGAGAACUCCUCAGACUCUGACCCCAAGGAGGAACCUAAACGCACCAUGGAGAGAGAGGGUACUCCACAGACCGAGCACUCCUCCCACUCCUCCCUCUCAGAGGGGCAUGAAGAUUCAGAAACAAGACCCAAAACGUCAAAGAAACUCCACAAUCUCAAUCCAAAGAAGGAUGCAUUUGUGUGCCAAGUUUGUGACAAAUCCUUCAGUCACAAAUCCGUCCUCAACAUGCACGUUUUUGCCCACGAGCGCAGCAGAGACUUUGAAUGUUCCGAAUGUGGAUCGACCUUCAUCAGCAGGUACCAUCUGGAGUGUCACAUGGAGAUCCACCUCAGGAAGCGUCCCUCAAGCUGUGAGAGCCAUACCCCAGUGCAGUACAUGACUGAUACUAACACGGAGACAAGGAACCAAAGUCCUCCACCAUCUAAAGAGGAACACAGCGAAGAACCAGGCAGAGAAUCUAAGAGAGAACGCCAUGGAAAGCCUGUGAGGAGCAUGGAGUUGGAGGAGGUGGAGGAGCAGGACUGUGAACGUCCUAUGUGCUCUCAGUGCAACGGGACCUUCUCCACCAUUGGAAAUCUACAUAAGCACAUUCGGAACAUUCAUAGGAACAAAUCCUCCUUAAAGAGCAAACUCCGAAAGAGCCUAGGGUAUCGGCAUAAGCACUUGACUUGUCCCAUGUGUGACAGACGCUUCAAAUUUCAGAAUCAGCUGAAAAAAACACAUGAAGUUGCACACUCAUGUCACGUCGCCAAACAGCCGCAUACUGAUGUUUCCAGACAUCCACAGGGCGACGCCAGACACCCACAUUGCGACGCCAGACACCCACAUGGCGACCUCGAACACCCACAUGUUGAUGCCUAGCACACUUGUGAUGUCGCCUCAAACACAUGUGACAUCGCCAGUGUCCACACAUGCAAGAAAGAAGAUGGAAAAGCGGUUUGAAUGUAACACAUGCCUUAAACGGUUCCGAGAUCGUUUCUACCUGGAGGACCACCAGAGACUGCACACCGGAAAGAAACCAGUGUCCAGUCUGUGACAACUCCUUCACCUUUAGAAACCAUCACUAUACUGAAAACUCAAAACUCUUUCAGCCAUACAGCUGGCAUGAACUACACUGAAACACAAUAAUUAUUUCUGUGUCUUAUGCCCUUCCACCCUCCUGUAUCCCUGUGUGUCAGAUGCCCUUCCAUCCUCCUGUACUGUUAGACUGAGAAGGGGACUGGUCAAAUGUCUUUACUUAAUGUGCAGAUGUUCUGGUGUGCCAGAUGCCCUCCCAGAUGUUAUGUUGCAGUGUAGGAAUACUGCUGCUUGGUCUGAGAGACACUUUCUAUGUCCACCGGUAUUCCAAGCCUGAAGUGCGUCUUGACGGUUUGACCUCAUGUGACAGUUUGAUUUUGCUGUUUUAAGUUUAAGUUAAAAAAAGAGGGGGGUACAAAGUAUCCACAUUUAGCAAUGCUCUUUAAUAUUACACUUUUAUACCCAUGUACAAAUGCUGCUGACCAGAAGAUCCUCCUUCAUACCCACACACAUACACACUGAUGCACACCAUAAAAAAUGUAAACACACUCCUCAGGAGUGUGCCUCUGUCCUUUCUGGAGGCGUAUAGCUAUGAGGAAACUUUACAUGUUUAA